AUGCUCAGCGGUGACCCGGAUCGAUCGCCGGCCACCAGGACAAAUACACCCAGGGACGGCGACGCCGGGACAAAAAUGGCGGUCGCAAACAAAUGCUCUGUCGAUCGCCUGACAGUAGGAUUGAUGCUACGGGCAGAGCGGCCGCGGUUGCCGCUCUCCUCCCGCCCCCCCUCUCGAUUUGGGAUGAGUUCGAAUUUCGAAGCUUCC